UUUGUUGCCCCAUUUCAGGCAGAACUACUUGACCCUGCAGUAAAGGGAACCCUUAAUGUUCUUAAUUCGUGUGCGAAAUCCCAGUCUAUCAGACGGGUGGUCUUGACAUCUUCGAUUGCCGCAGUUGCAUAUAACGGAAAACCUCGAACUCCUGAUGUAGUUGUUGAUGAGACUUGGUUUACUGAUGCAGAUGUUUGUAAGGAAUCAAAGCUAUGGUAUGUGCUUUCAAAGACUUUGGCUGAGGACGCUGCCUGGAAAUUUGUAAAGGAGAAGGGUAUUGACAUGGUUACAAUUAACCCUGCAAUGGUGAUUGGUCCUCUGUUACAGCCAACACUUAAUACAAGUGCUGCAGCAGUUUUGAAUGUUAUUAAGGGUAACAUUUCUUCAUUGUUGUAUCUGGUAUUUCUUGAUUUCAACAAGUAAAAUGUUUCCUGCUCAACAUGAUUG